UUUGUCCACUUUCGCUUUCAGUUGCAUGUGCCUAUGAGGAGAAAUCAGAAGCUAAGCGAUAAAGUUACUAUUCUUCAAAAGUUGGUUUCACCUUUUGGCAAGACUGACACUGCUUCAGUUCUUCAUGAGGCUUCUCUUUAUAUAAAGCUUCUUCAAGCACAAAUCCAGACAUUGUUUCAGAUGCUGAGUUUCUCUUACACUAGUACGACUAAAGUCCCUCAUAUGCAGGAUUGUGGGGACAAAUUGCUGGUUGACCUAAGGAGCAGAGGACUUUGUUUGGUCCCCAUAUCAAUCACACAGACAGUAACAAUGGAAGACCAGAUUCAUCAUGCUUCAGCCUCAAGAAUUAUUCUACCCUGA